UCUGAAAUAUCUCAACUGGAGGGUUGGCUAUUAGCAAUAGCACAAACAUGUGUAAUACUUUGAAUAGUGUAAACUAUAAAUCAAAUAUAAAAGUGUCCCGGCAAAGAUGAAGACAGAUCUGUGUCCUGCUCAGUUCUGUGUAACAGGAAAUGGAAGCAGAGCUGCUGUCAAGAAGAGCUUCAGCCAGAAGACGAGCAGAGCUGCUUUAGAGGUGAAGAGCAGCACAGAGACGAGUAGAGCUGCUGCAUGUUGAGGUGGAAGAGCUGCAGCAGCUGAAACCUCAACAUGACGUCCAGAGAAAACCUGAUGAGUGUCCUCCUGCUCGUCAGUCUGCUUCUAGCAGUAGUGAGGUGCAGUCAGGAGGCAGUGUUGUUGUACAGCAGAAUCGGAGGGGAGGCCCUACUGCAGUGCAUCAGCGUGGUCCCCCUCAGCUGCUCAUCCAUCACCUGGACCUUCUACCAAAGCGACCCGGGCCGGUACACUGAGGAGGUCAGCGAGGGGCGGGUGAGAGCGGACUCAAACAAGUCUAGCCGCUUGGCCAUCGCACCCAACUGCUCUCUCGCCCUGCGCGACCUUGUCGUGGACGACGCGGGCUCCUACGUCUGCAUGGAGCGCGGACAGUCCAUCACUACCGUCUACGUCUCUCUCCUCGGCGUCACGUCGCACUCCGCCGUCACCGAGCUGCAGCCCGGAGGACGCCUGGCCCUGAGUUGCAUCCUCUUCACCCACUACGACGCUCUGUUCUGCAUGCGACACUCCACCGAGUUCGACCUCACCUGGGCGGCUGAGGACGGCGCGGUGCUGCGCAACGACACCAGGCACAAACUGAUUUCCGGCACCAGUUGCAACAUCACACUGCUCACAGAACUCAAAAGGGAAGACAACAACAGGAAGUGGAGGUGCCAGGUGAGCAGCCGGAAGAACAGCCGGUUGGCGUUUCUGGACUUCACUUCUCCCUUUGUGUUCCAAAAUCCUCUCACAGCCCAGAAUCCGCCUUCGUCCUCCAUCGACGGUCCAGUCCAGCUGCCCAUCAGCCGCAUUGCGCUCUGUGUGGCUCUGCCAGUCAUGGUGCUCAUAGUGGGAUUCUUCACAUGUAGAGAGGGCCCUAAGCAGGCCAGAGCAUCUGCAACUGGCAUCAAGCUGCAGGGAAUGAACUGACUGUUCAUCACUGUAUCUGUUUUUCUGUUCUUUUUUUUGGGGGGGGGGGCUUUAAGGUGGAUGUCUCUACUUGUUCAAUCUCCAAAUCUUUAAGGAUCCCCAGACUUUGUAAACAUGUCGUUACGUGUUGUGUUUUGCAAUUUUAAUUUUGGGCCUUCAUUUUAUACAUGAAGCUCAGCUAAUAGGAUAAUGCAUGGGUUUGAGCAUUUUGUGGUGACAGGUAGGAUUUCUUUCAAGAUGCAAGUUGUGUUUUCACUAUUUUCAGUCACAAAAAAAUGGUUUUGCAAACAAAACCCUAAAACAACUUGAAUAUUUUAUGGCAGCAAGAUUUUGAUCAUACGACUCAAAAAACAACAAAAACAAUACGCCUUUAAUAGAGCUUUAAACAAAAUGUGCCACUGUUGAUCCGACAUGUUUUUUUUACAUAGAACCUGGAGAGAUCUAAACAGAACAGAUAAAGCAACUCAUCUUUUCUUCCUUCCGAUUAUUUAAUGAGCAGAAAGCAGUGCUUGUUGCUGAAAGAAGUGCAGUUGGGUUAUUUGUAACAGAAAUAUAACUAGUUGUAGAGGUAGAAUUUAUAUUUUUAGUAGUGCAGAAUAGGCUUGAGUUAAAACUACGAAUGAAGAAAACAUUUUUCUUCUUUGAAAAAAAUACCCUGCUAAUGUGCCUUUGAGCAAAGAGGCUGCUGGGGAAGCUAUGAGGAAAUGUAAAAAGUUGUGUGACAAAUAAAGCUCUGGUUGCAGCUUCUUCAAUAUGAAGAUUUAUUUGUCUGUUUUGCAUCUUUGUAAAGAGAUUCACUUUGGGUUUUGACAGUUGGACAGACAGAACAAAACCUCGGAAGAAGCCACAAGGAGUCAUUUGUUGGUCAUUUUCCAAAAUUAAUACAUAUUGGUUUAGCUGAGAAAAUAAUGAUCAUUUUGAUCAAUAAGGAAAUUCACUAGAAUAAGCUAAAGCUUGAAUAAAAAAAGAACUAUUUUUACUGAAUACUUUUGUUUUCAAGUGAAGCAGAACAGUGUAAGAUUGUCUGAACCCCAGCAACUAUAUUAUGAAGUUACUGUAUAUAUACAAUAUAUACAACUUUAUUCAUGGGGUAGAUUAACAUUUUUGGAAUCUAUGUAAUCUAUCUUGAAUAAAAAAACAUUAACAACAUGUCUCUAUGUUCAUUGAAAGUAGUUGCUGUAAUUGUUCCUCCUGUGCAUAUUGGCUUCAA